GCAGGGCGGCCCGGCCUCCUGCUUCUGCUGCUCUUUCGAGUAACCGCGCGUUCGUUCCUGCUGCCCCCUCACCCGGCCCUGCCAUGAAGGACGUACCGGGCUUCCUACAGCAGAGCCAAAACUCGGGGCCCGGCCAGGCCGCCGUGUGGCAUCGCCUGGAAGAACUCUACAACAAAAAGCUCUGGCACCAGCUGACUCUUCAGGUUCUGGACUUUGUGCAGGACCCGUGUUUUGCCCAAGGAGAUGGACUCAUCAAGCUAUAUGAGAACUUUAUCAGUGAGUUUGAACACAGGGUGAACCCUUUGUCCCUUGUAGAAAUCAUUCUUCAUGUAGUGCGGCAGAUGACAGAUCCUAAUGUAGCCCUUACUUUUCUGGAAAAGACCCGAGAAAAAGUGAAAAGCAGUGAUGAAGCUGUGAUUCUAUGUAAAACAGCCAUUGGUGCUCUGAAAUUAAACAUUGGUGACCUACAAGUCACAAAGGAGACCAUUGAGGAGGUAGAGGAAAUGCUGAAUAAUCUUCCUGGUGUGACAUCUGUUCACAGCCGAUUCUAUGAUCUCUCCAGCAAGUAUUACCAGACAAUUGGGAAUCAUGCCUCUUAUUAUAAGGAUGCACUAAGGUUCCUGGGCUGUAUAGAUGUUAAAGAUCUGCCAGUGUCAGACCAACAGGAAAGAGCCUUUACUUUAGGCUUGGCAGGACUCCUGGGUGAAGGAGUCUAUAAUUUUGGGGAACUGCUUAUGCACCCAGUACUGGAGUCUGUGAGGGACACUGACAGACAAUGGUUGAUCGACACACUUUAUGCCUUCAACAGUGGUAAUGUGGAAAAAUUCCAGGCUUUCAAAUCAGCAUGGGGCCAGCAGCCAGAUCUGGCUGCAAAUGAAUCGCUUCUCCUACAGAAGAUCCAGCUGCUGUGCCUCAUGGAGAUGACCUUCACUCGACCAGCUAACCACAGGCAACUCACUUUUGAGGAGAUUGCUAAAAGUGCUAAAGUCACUGUCAAUGAGGUGGAGCUACUAGUGAUGAAAGCACUUUCAGUGGGUUUGGUGAAGGGCAGUAUUGAUGAAGUGGAUAAAAGGGUUCACAUGACAUGGGUCCAACCACGGGUGCUGGAUUUACAACAGAUAAAGGGCAUGAAAGACCGCCUGGAGUUCUGGUGCACAGAUGUGAAGAGCAUGGAAAUGUUGGUGGAGCACCAAGCUCACGAUAUCCUAACAUAGAGGACCUUGCACUGGCUGAGGGAAUAUCUUGUACUGUUGCUGAAAACUGGCAGUGCCCUGACCACUGACUCUGUACUGAAUUCUAUUAAAAGGGGGGCUAGGGGAGGAAGGGACGAACUACUUUUCUGAUGCUUGUACAGAGGACUAAGUGGCCUUUGCUGUAUAACCCUUUGGUGCUUGGAGUCGGGAAUUCCCUCCUACGCGCUAGCAUUUGAUUAGCGCUGUCCAUGGGAGCUCCCAUCCUGCUGACACCAAAGGGGUGGGUGGGGAUAAGGACUUCAUAAUGGUGGAUUAUAAUCAGUCUUGGUGUGAGGCUGUUGCAACGGAGGAUGCUAGGGGCCUAUGUGCUAAAGCAGUGGAGGUCACUAGCUCAACAGUGGGAUGGCAGCAGAACUUCCAUUUUGCACUUGGUGUGUAAGAAGGAAGGGACACCAUCAACCGUUGUCAGGCAUUUCUGAUGGACGUGGGGGAUGGGGAGAGCAUGACCUCCUCCCUGGAACCUGUCUCCUUGCCAGGCCAAAGGCAGCAUAACCGAGAACACACACCUCUUUCCCCUAGCCUCCACUAUUUUGCAGUAGAGGAAGCUGCUCAAUCCCAUCAAUGAGUUUUCCAGGAAUAAAAUCAUAAAUUUAGUGGAUUUGUUUUUAUAUUCUCCUUGGGUUUGCUCUUGUCUUUUAUGAACAUUUUAUCCUGAAGUGUGAUGCAGUAAAAUAACUGCUGGAAUAAACUUCUCUGCCUUC